GACGUGUAUGUGGCUGCUCCUUCGUCCCACUGCAGUCGCCUCCUCGUCGGACCAGACUGCGGAUCACACAGGGAGGGGUGCUGACCAUAGGUGCUCAAUUUGGGGGGUUCAAAAAUGGUGAAAAUUACGACAGUGAAGACGAAGCCGUACGCGGACCAGAAGCCCGGUACGAGCGGCCUGAGGAAGAGGGUGACGGUGUUCCAGCAGAACCAGCACUAUGCGGAGAACUUCAUCCAGAGCAUUAUCUCCGUGGUGGAGCCUGCCGAGCGCCAGACGGCCACUCUGGUGGUGGGAGGAGACGGGAGGUUUUUCAUGAAAGACGCGAUUCAGUUGAUCGUCCAGAUCGCUGCUGCCAACGGGAUUAAUCACCUGGUGAUUGGUCAGAAUGGCAUCAUGUCCACCCCAGCAGUCUCCUGUGUGAUCCGCAAGCUAAAGGCCGUGGGUGGGAUCAUCCUCACAGCCAGCCACAACCCAGGGGGUCCCAAUGGAGAUUUUGGCAUCAAGUACAACAUUGCCAGUGGAGGACCUGCUCCAGAGGGCAUCACAAACAAAAUAUUUGAGGUCAGCAAAGGCCUGCAGGAGUAUCACAUCUGCCCAGACCUGAAAGUUGAUCUGUCCAAGAUUGGCAAGCAGACCUUUGAAGUGGAAACUUUCAAGCCCUUCACAGUGGAGAUUGUGGACUCAGUUGAGGCCUACGCUGAGAUGCUAAGGGGCAUCUUUGACUUUCCUGCGCUGAAGGAGCUUCUCUCUGGAGCCAGCCACAUUAAUGUGCGACUGGAUGCUAUGCACGGAGUGGUCGGUCCUUAUGUGAAGAAGAUAGUAUGUGAAGAGCUGGGUUCUCCUGCAAACUCAGCGGUCAACUGUGUCCCCAAGGAGGACUUUGGCGGCCACCACCCUGACCCCAACUUGACCUACGCUGCCGACCUGGUCAACGCCAUGAAAGGUGGAGAAUAUGACUUCGGAGCUGCCUUUGACGGUGACGGUGACCGCAACAUGGUGCUUGGAAAACAUGGCUUCUUUGUGAACCCCUCAGACUCUGUGGCCGUCAUCGCUGCCAACAUCACCAGCAUCCCUUACUUCCAGAAGACUGGUGUCAAAGGGCUGGCUCGCAGCAUGCCCACCAGCGGAGCCUUGGACAAUGUGGCUAAAGCUCUGAAGAUGCACCUGUACGAGACUCCGACUGGCUGGAAGUUCUUUGGGAAUCUGAUGGACGCCGGCAAACUCUCGCUGUGUGGAGAGGAGAGCUUCGGCACUGGCUCAGAUCAUAUCCGUGAGAAGGACGGCUUGUGGGCGGUGCUUGCAUGGCUGUCAAUCUUAGCCACCAGGAAACAGAGCGUGGAGGACAUUAUGAAAGAUCACUGGCAGAAGUUUGGCAGGAACUUUUUCACCAGGUACGACUACGAGGAGGUUGACUCAGAUGCCGCCAACAAGAUGAUCAAGGAUCUGGAGACGGCGAUGUUCGACCCGUCCUUCGUAGGAAAGAAGUUCUCCUCGGGUGACAAGACUUACGAGGUGGCCAUCGCCGAUAAUUUUGCCUACACAGACCCUGUGGAUGGAAGCGUGUCCAAAAAUCAGGGACUCCGGAUCAUCUUUUCUGAUGGCUCUAGGAUCAUUUUCCGUCUCAGCGGUACGGGCAGCGCGGGAGCGACCGUCAGGCUCUACAUAGACAGCUACGAGAAGGACCCCAAGAAAAUUUACCAGGAUCCACAGGUGAUGCUGGCUCCGCUGGUGGACAUCGCCCUCAAGGUCUCUCAGCUCCACGAGAAGACUGGACGCACCGGCCCCACUGUGAUCACAUGAUUCCUCCGCCACACUGCCUUCACUCACCCUCAGCAACAGGAUACCUCCGCUUUCCUGGGGAGGGGCUGAAUCUGACCCUGAAAUGCUGUUCUGUCUUCAGUUUCUGGCCCAUUUAGAAAAACAAACAAACAAAAAAACACUGGAACUCAACAUGCAGUUUGAAAUACGUGAGGAGGUUUUUAUGCACUGCCAUCUUCUAGUGCUAGACUUCCUGGAGCUUCAUAUAUAAUAUGAUCCAAAUUUGGAGGAAAAGGUUGCACUUUAGACACAAGUGAAUUGUUGUCACUUCGGUAGCACUUAAUACUGUGAUUUAAGGAAAACAAAAGACUAGAUUAUGUGUGUCUCAUGUACUUUCGUUAAUCGUGUUAAAAUAAUAUAUUGUCCAGCUCUGUUCUUGAAUUAUAUUCCAAAAACUGAUCAUGAACCAGCAAUUUAUAUCAACCUCGGCCCCUCUCCCUCCACUUCCCCUUCCCUUUCCAACCUUGUGCCUUCCCCUCCCUUCGUUCUCCGAAACCACCAUUAGAGCCUCUCAACCUGAGUCACAGCUAAAGUCUAGAACUAACAUAUCUGCCGAUAAUAAAAGAACCUUACAGCCAA